AUGGAAGAGUACAAUCCAGAUGCCCUGGUAGAUCGCGACCAGCCUGUGCCGAUGCUGAACAUGAAGAAGCCGAGGCGUCAUAGGAACGGCUCUCCAGAUAGUGCGCACUCGCGGUCAUCGUCGCAGUCGAAAAAUUCCAUCCAGGAGAGAUUAUUCACGAAGCUUCUACAGCAAGUCAUCCCCGCCGACGAUGACGAGGAUGGAACGAAUCCCGGGGACCAGGCCUUUGUGACGUCCCCAAAACGGCCGGCCUUCAGCCUGCCGACGAUGUCGAAUAACUUCCGCCGUUUUAAUGCAAGAAUUGGCGUGGUGUUUGUGUUCCAGACCCAAGUUGAACGUCUGCUCAGCUGGCAAACACCAACCCACACUAUCUCAUUUCUAUUUGUGUAUUCCUUCAUCUGCUUAGAUCCGCACCUGCUUUUGGUACUACCCCUAGUGGUUCUCCUCCUCUUCAUCAUGGUGCCGGCCUUUAUUACUCGCCACCCUCCACCACCAUCGACAUCGACCUCCAGCAUUAUUCCGUAUUAUUCCUAUGAGGGGCCGGCACUGGCACCGGCAAGGACGAUCAAACCGGCCUCGGAGACCUCCAAGGAUUUCUUCCGCAAUAUGCGGGACCUUCAGAACUGCAUGGCAGAUUUCUCCGAUGUCCAUGAUGCUACCAUCGCCGUCUUUGCUCCAUUAACAAAUUUUGCCAAUGAAAAACUCUCAUCAACCAUUUUCCUGGCCUGUACAGUGGCUACAGCAGCGCUGUUUCUGAUGGCACAUCUUUUGCCUGUACGGUUGAUCAUGCUCGCCGGUGGGAACGUGGCGAUCUUGUCGAGCAAUCCCAAAGUACAAUACUUUGUCAAAGGACUAAUGGAGGAUAUUGAAGGGGGCCUGGCUGAAUUGGACUCACCAACUGACGAUGACGGGGGCAAGGAUCUGUUCGGGGCCGCUGUUCCAAAGGAUCCGUCCGCGGCCAUGUCUGCAAUGGAACAGUUGGCGGAUAUCUCACUUGACACCGACCCAGAAGAGCGUGAAGUUGAGAUCUUUGAACUCCAGCAUCGAGCACCCGGGAAAUCAGAGUCAGGAUGGGAGAGCUUUAUCUUCAGCCCCCAACCCUACGACCCAUUAUCACCAGCGCGCAUCGCAGGGGAUCGACCCCGUGGAUGCCGUUUCUUCGAUGACGUUCAGUCUCCGUCUGGCUGGAGAUGGAAGAGCAAGAAGUGGGAGCUUGAUCUGGACUGUCGGGAGUGGGUGGUUGAGCGCAUGAUCACUGGAGUUGGGUUCGAGGUUCCAGGAAUGAGCCCGGACGGCAGUGCAAUCAUUGAUGAAGUAGGUGGCUGGGUCUGGGAUUUGCCUUCUGACCCUCCCACCGUGCGAGAGGAGGAAGAGGAAAUGACUACUAUGGCCUACGGUGAUCUGAAGGUGUCGAACUCUUCAUCCAAGCCGAAGGGUGCUUCGCCACCAAAGGAGAAAAAUCGGGCGAAGUCUGCUGGGGACUGGGAGGAAGCAGCUUCUGCUGCUUACGGGGUAGGAGAGUGGCGGCGUCGCCGGUGGGUGCGAAUCGUGCAGCGCAUGAACCUCCCACCAGCUGGCACCGUCACCUAUUCGACCCUCGGCCACAAUUGA